AGCUUGCGGUGCGCGGAGGGUCCAGGCUCGCAGAGGUCUGCGGGCACGAUGACCCAGGCGGAGAAGGGAGACGCGGAGAAUGGGAAGGAGAAGGGCGGGGAGAAAGAAAAGGAGCAGCGCGGCGUGAAGCGGCCCAUCGUUCCUGCGCUGGUGCCGGAGUCGCUGCAGGAGCAAAUCCAGAGCAACUUCAUUGUUGUCAUACAUCCAGGUUCAACAACUUUAAGGAUUGGUCGAGCCACAGACACACUUCCUGCCAGCAUUCCUCAUGUUAUUGCACGAAGACACAAACAACAAGGGCAGCCCCUAUACAAGGACAACUGGCUUCUAAGGGAGGGGCUAAAUAAACCUGAAAGUAAUGAACAAAGACAAAAUGGCCUUAAAAUGGUGGAUCAAGCGAUAUGGUCUAAAAAGAUGUCAAAUGGUACAAGACGGAUUCCUGUGUCCCCUGAACAGGCACGCUCCUACAACAAGCAGAUACGACCUGCAAUUUUAGAUCACUGUUCUGGAAAUAAAUGGACAAACACAUCUCAUCACCCUGAGUUUUUGGUAGGAGAAGAGGCCUUGUAUGUUAAUCCUUUGGACUGUUACAAUAUUCACUGGCCUAUUAGAAGAGGUCAGUUAAACAUUCACCCAGGACCUGGGGGCUCCCUCACAGCUGUUCUGGCAGAUAUUGAAGUAAUAUGGUCUCAUGCAAUACAAAAGUACUUGGAAAUUCCAUUGAAAGACUUAAAGUAUUACAGAUGUAUCUUGUUAAUCCCUGAUAUCUAUAAUAAACAGCAUGUGAAAGAAUUAGUGAAUAUGAUCCUAAUGAAGAUGGGGUUUUCAGGAAUUGUGGUCCAUCAGGAGUCUGUGUGUGCCACUUUUGGAAGUGGUUUAAGCAGCACAUGUAUUGUAGAUGUUGGGGACCAGAAGACAAGUGUAUGCUGUGUGGAGGAUGGAGUCUCGCAUCGGAAUACUCGACUCUGUCUGGCAUAUGGAGGAUCUGAUGUAUCAAGAUGUUUUUACUGGCUGAUGCAGCGAGCUGGAUUCCCUUACAGAGAAUGCCAGUUAACAAAUAAAAUGGAUUGCCUUCUUCUGCAGCACCUAAAAGAAACUUUUUGCCAUUUAGAUCAGGACAUCUCUGGGCUUCAGGACCAUGAGUUUCAGAUUCGACAUCCAGAUUCCCCUGCCCUGCUUUACCAGUUUCGAUUAGGAGAUGAAAAACUCCAGGCUCCAAUGGCUUUGUUUUAUCCAGCAACCUUUGGAAUCGUUGGACAAAAAAUGACGACUCUGCAGCACAGAUCCCAGGGUGACCCUGAGGAUCCUCAUGACGAACAUUACCUGCUGGCCACACAGAGCAAGCAGGAACAGUCUGCAAAAGCUACUGCUGACCGAAAGUCUGCAUCCAAACCCAUUGGAUUUGAAGGGGAUCUUCGUGGGCAGUCCUCUGAUCUUCCAGAAAGACUCCAUUCCCAGGAGGUGGAUUUGGGACCCUCCCAGGGAGACUGUCUGAUGGCUGGCAAUGACUCUGAGGAGGCCCUCACCGCUCUGAUGUCAAGGAAGACUGCCAUCUCGCUGUUCGAAGGGAAAGCCCUGGGCCUGGAUAAAGCCAUCCUUCAUAGCAUAGACUGCUGUUCAUCUGAUGAUACCAAAAAGAAGAUGUACAGCUCCAUCCUGGUGGUGGGAGGUGGUUUGAUGUUUCAUAAAGCACAAGAAUUUCUGCAGCACAGAAUUCUCAACAAAAUGCCACCUUCAUUCAGGCGAAUUAUUGAAAAUGUGGAAGUGAUCACAAGGCCUAAGGACAUGGACCCCCGGCUGAUUGCAUGGAAAGGAGGGGCAGUGCUGGCUUGUUUGGAUACAACACAGGAACUGUGGAUCUAUCAGCGAGAAUGGCAGCGCUUUGGUGUCCGCAUGUUACGAGAGCGAGCUGCCUUUGUAUGGUGAAAUGGGCAGGAAAAAGUCACUCUUGAAGAAGACCCACAACAAGCCUCUUGAUUUAAAAGACUUUACAGAAUAUGUAUUUUUGAAUUUAUUGACCUGGAUGCUUCAGUUUCAUGGAAAAUAAAUGAAUUCUAACUCUUAUGUUGAGAACAUGAUGUUGGUAUGAAAUUACAAGUUGCCUCUGUAGUCAAGACAUUUGAGAAAGAAUGUGGUAAGCUUUCCUGCCCCAUCUCAGGAUCUUAAAAACUCCUCGGUGAUGGAAGAUGGUUGAGCAGUUGUCAGGUGGUGAAGCUCUUCAUUUAAGCUGACUUUUGAGUGUCAUGAGACAGUCUUCUGCAACCAUGAGGGGGUGGGUGUGUGAUUUGGGAUCCUGAUUUCUAAGUGCUGUAUGGUCAUGAUAUUUUCCCUUUUGUCUGGAAUAGCAAGUACAUAGGACGUGACUCUUGCUUUUGGACUUCCAAAUAGGAAAAAGAGUUAUGUCUUUUUUUUUUUAAGUAUUUUCUGUUGGAUUACAGAAAUGAUGGGGACCCAUUCAAAUCUAGAUUUUUCAAGGCAGAGGUUUAAGACUUGGCUGACUGGCUUUCAUUACCCAACAUGCUUUGAGGGUAGUCUUGCAAAAAGAAAAGUCGUUACUUGACCAAAACAAUAAAAGCAGAAAAGGAAAAUUUGUUUCCUUCCUAAAGCCAAAAAGAAAUGAUUCAGUAUAAUUUAGAGCUGUUAGCAUGUGUUGUAUAGAUAAGCAAAGCAAUAGUUACAAUUUCUGCUAACUUAAUCAUAAAGCCCCCAAGUUUCCCUUCACCUGAAGAACCCAGGGAAAGCAUUUGGAGUUCUUUGUGUUCAGUAUGAUCUAAUGUCCUUAAUCUGUGAGCAGUCUGAAACAAAGUGUAAAUAAUACAGAUAGCUAUUACUACCAGUCAUCUGUGCCUUAGUGAAGCCUUCUGAGGCCCUGGCCAGAGGAAGAGAAGGCAUUGCCUAGAGACAGGAACACAACCUGGGGCUCCGAGACCUGGGAGGAUCAGGAGAUACCUGGUUUCUCCGCCAGUCUCUUGCCCUUGAUUCCUUUAUCUCUCUGUCAAGAACUAGAGGUGGGACUAGGGGAAAGACAAACGUAGGCACAGUUAAGUGUGGAGAUAGGAGUGGAAUAUGGAAUAAGAGUGGUAACAAGUCUUAGGACAUGGAGCAAUGCUGGUAGUGGAGCAUUUUGCAUUAAUAGGAGUAACCUAUGUAUCUGCCCUGUAGGUUAGGAACAAGGGAAAAUCUACCAGUAUAACAAAAUUUAACUUGGCUACUACU